AUGGAGCAUAAAACCAAAUACUUUCAGGAAAUACAUGAACGACCUCCAGAGAUGUCCCUGGAAAUAUGGAAAAUCAGAGCACGACCUACUAAAGUAAGCAUUGAAAAGUUGAAGUUCAGAAGCUGUUGUAAUGCAUCUCACAUGUUAAUAGUCAGCCAGCAGAACACUCCUCUUGACCAAGAGCUGCAAUAUGAGACAAGCUCUAAGUAUGUGAAGAUCAAUGAAAACAUUUUCCAAAUGCUCCCACCGACAUCUCCAUUCACCUCUAAACCCUUCAACAAUUGUGCUGUGGUUGGGAAUGGAGGAAUUUUACAAAACAGUUCUUGUGGGAGAGAAAUUGACAAAAUGGAUUUCGUGUUUAGGUUUAAUUUACCACCUAUGACCAUAGUAGAUGAUAUUGGAACCAAGUCCGAUUUUGUAAGUGCAAACCCAAGUAUUCUGAAUAACAGGUUUGAAAAGCUCCUUGAGAGAAGAAAAUCAUUCAUUGAGCUCGUGAAGAGCUUUGGGUCUGCAAUGAUCAUCUUACCAGCGUUUUCAUAUGAAAUCAACAUGCAUGUUUCUUUCCGAGCAUUACAUUCGGUACAAGACUUUGAUUUGCCAAACAAAAUCAUCUUUUUCCAUCCUGAAUAUCUAAAGAAUCUCUCAAUCUACUGGAAAGAGGAGGGGCUGAAGGUCAAACGUUUGUCUUCUGGACUCAUGCUGGUCAGUGCUGCUAUUGAGCUCUGCGAGAAGGUGACCCUUUAUGGAUUUUGGCCAUUUCCUGAAGAUCCAGAAGGACACACGAUUUCUCACCACUACUAUGAUAACAAAAUGCCCAAACCCGGUUUCCAUUCAAUGCCUGAAGAAUUUUAUUUCUAUACACAGAUGCAUUUAAAGGGAGUGUUACAUCUCAAAGUUGGACAGUGUUCUUUGGGUGGGUCAUAA